AGUUCCCAGGGUUAGCCGCAGCAGGAGCUCACCAGAGAGCAGAGGCAGGAGUUGGACCAACUCCUGGGGCAGGGGCAGCCAGGCAGGACAGCACCCAGGCCAGAAGGAGGGACGCUGAGCUGGCGUGCCUGGGGAGAGUGAAUGGUAGAGUGGCCAGGCCUGCCCUUCUGCUGGCCCCACCCUAUCCCUGGCCACAGAGGCUGACUCAGCCCUUUCCUAGGCCCAGAACUUUCCCUGUGCCAGACCCUGGGGCCUUUGUCUGCAGUCAUGAGGCCCGAGGGGGAAGGGUGGAAACAGUGGUCAUAAAAGGCAACCCCCCGCCCCUCCUACCCCUUUCCUCACAACUGCUCCCACAUGCAGCUCCGGACACAGCCUCUCGCCCACACCCUGCCCUUCACCCUCAGAGGGCUCCUGCAAGAUGCCGACUUCCAGGUGCCCAUCAUCAAGACAGGCACAGGGUGGCAGGGCCUGCAGCAGAUCCUGAAGGAAAUCGCCUACGUCCUUCUGUGCUGCUGGUGUAUCAAGAAACUGUUGGAUUGACGGUGGCAGGUGCCUUGCCUGCCCUCCCCACGGGCACCAUGGCUGGCAUCGCUCAGCACCUGCCCAGGAUUUGUGAAGACCCCCCGGGGCCAACUGUGCUUGACCAGGGGACCAGCCACAGAUGAGUCAAGUGUGGAUUCUAUUUAGAGCCGCUCUGCCUGAUGGGCAUGAAUUCAGCCCGGCUGGCCCAGACCCCACCAGGGCCUGGUAGCUGCCCCAAGCAGGGGUCCAAGGGCCCCACCUCUCGAAGGAAGCUGCUCCCAUGCCCUCCUAGUGCCAGCCAAUGGGCGGUCCUGGAAGUCUUUGAGAAGCACUGAACCCCAUGUAUAAUAAAUGGGCACUGAGGUCAAUAGCUCUAAGUGUCUGAGGGGAAU